AAAACAACGAUGAUGUUCUGAAUCAAUGUUUCAGGAAUAAAAGUCGAACUCAGUGGAGCCCAAUCCUGAAGUCUCCACUGAGGCAGCUUUCCAGCUGAAAUAAUUCAUGGUGGCUACAGUGGUAUUAUGCAAUACAAGAGUGGGAAACUGGUUGGGGUUUUUGCUGUUCUGCACCUUGACAUUCGCAUAUCCUUGUUCCAUAGCUCCAAGAAUUUGUGUUCUUGGUCCACCUGCUUCUGGGAAAACUACAGUUGCAAUGUGGCUUUGUAAACAUUUCAAUGCCAUACGUGUCUCUCAGGAGACUUUGUUAUUCAAGGAAGUAUUAAUGCAGACAGAGGAAGCAAAGGCAUAUAAAGAAAGAAACCAGAUUUCUGGGAAGUGCAAUUCCAUCUACCAGGCUCACCGUAUAUUUACGUCUUUAUGAGAGAGAAAUUAUAAAUGGGUUACCUGAUGUGUACCAGCUAUCCUGAUUUCCAGUGGAAUAAUGAGGCAUUCUGCAAGCAGCCUAUUGAAAAUGGUUUUGUAGGCCACCGCUCAGUGGGAGGAAAACUGCCCGGGAAAUGAGACUGGAAUUGAGCCACAGCGAGCAGAAGGAGCUAAAACACUGAAACACCUGAACGUGUGUCCUUGAUUGUUUCUGUGCAACAAACCCCGCUCCAAAGACUGGAGUGAGAAUAUCACUGCACGGAGAGAAGGGAGGAUAAAUUUGGUUUAAAUUGGUUUGGCAAGGCUCAGCAGAGCAGCCCCCCAGCAGCGCGCAGCCUGUUUUGACAUGACACAUGAAAGGAGCAGCCGAGCCCUGGCCGUCCCUGGCAGCAGCGUGGUGCCCCUUUGGAAGAAAAUUCCCAACGCGCUUUGGGCCAAUCUGAUCCAGGAGCGUCUGUCAAACGUGGACUGCAUCAAACAACAGGGAUGGAUUUUGGAAGGCUUCCCUGAAAAUCAGGAGCAGGCAUGGAUGCUGCAAUCAUCUGGCGUUUUUCCUCGGCAUGUUGUAAUGCUCUAUGCCCCCGACACUGUGCUGAUUGAGAGGAGUGGUGGGAAAAGGCUCGAUCCCCUCACACAAGAGGUUUUCCACACAACCUUUGACUGGCCAAGCGACCCCCUGGUGCAGCAGAGGCUGGUGAAACCAGAAGGUCUCUCCGAGCAGGAGGUGUCCAAGAAGCUGCUGGAAUAUCACAGAAACUUCCCAGAGAUUUUCCACAUCUACCAGAAAGUUCUGAAAUCCAUCAAUGCCGACCAGCCCUCCGUGGAUGUUCUCUCUCAGGCUCUUGCCUUUGUCCAAACCAGGCACCGAUCUGCUGCGCCCUUUACACCCCGGGUUCUCUUUCUUGGCCCCCCAGGCAGUGGGAAGAGCCUGCAGGCAGCACUAAUAGCUCAGAAAUAUGAUGUUGUCAACAUUUGCUGUGGGCAACUGCUAAAGGAAGCUGUUGCAGACAACACAAAACUUGGAGAACUCGUUAAGCCUUACAUUGACAGUGGAUGUCCAGUGCCAGACAACCUUGUCCUGAGGCUGCUGACAGAACGCCUGAGCGCCCUCGACUGCCUGACCAACGGCUGGGUGCUCUCCGGCUUCCCCAGGGACGUGGGGCAGGGAGAGCAGCUGCAGAAAGCACAGAUUAAUCCCAACAGGGUGUUCUUCUUUAAUCUCCCCCACGAGUCCAUCAUGGAGCGCCUGUCCCAGCGGAGGACAGAUCCUGUCACUGGGGAGAGAUACCACACUACCUUCAGACCAGCUCCCACUCCAGAGAUCCAGGCCCGGCUCAGGCAGAACCCCAAAGAUGAGGAAGAAAACAUUGAGAAGCGUCUGAACAUCUACUACAGCAAUGUCAAGGCCCUGGAGGAUUUUUACCAAGAUGCCUUUUAUGUCAAUGCUGAUCAGGACCCUUAUGUUAUCUUUGAGUUCAUAGAAAGCUGUAUCAUUAAGCCCCUUCCAUGUAAAACCAUUAGAAGUGUAUAAUUAAAAGGGAUGAUUGGUGGAAGAGUUGAUUUUAAAUUUUUCCCCAUAACAUUUGCAGCCUGGUUGCUGAAGUGGCAGAGAAAGGGAAGUCAGCCAAGCUGUGCUAAAUCUGAAGCGCACCAAGGCUGAGUGAAGUACAGAGGGUAAGAAAUUGGGCUUAAGGGGAAAGUUUCUGGCUUUUGUUUCAUGAUGCAAGAUAUGAAACACUGUGGCUGGGGAAGUCCUGUGUUUAAUUCAAGUAUUUUUUUUCUGUUUCUGAAUAGUAGAUUUGUCUUCACUGUGUAAGACCCAUGAAGCCAGAUUGGAGUAUUAAAGC